GGGAAAAGUACUAUGGACGAGAUCAAGAAUCCCAAUGAACACUUGGUAAUACCCAAGUGGAUAACUCAGGAGUAUUUCAAGCAGAUCCUGGAAAAGGAUGAGCCUGAGUAUGUGAAAAUCCUCAGCUUCAAGCCUGUGGCAGCCAUACCACCGGGGGAGAAUUUCACCUCCAUCAUGCUGCGUGUUCAUUUGGAGCUGCAGUUGAAGGAUGGCAGCACCAAGCUGAAGACGUACAUCUUAAAGACGGAGCUGGCGGAAGACCGUGGUGCGAAGGAAAUCCGCGAAGGUGGUAUCUUCAACAAAGAGCUGCAGAUGUACCAGACCUUUCUCCCCGCCUUCGAGGCUCUCUAUAAGGCAGCCGGUGAGGAUAUUCCUCUAGCACCCAAAUGCUGGCAUGCAGAGCAGCGCGGGGAUAACAUAAACUUUGUUUAUGAGGACCUGGCGGUGAAGAGAUUCAAGAAUGUCGAUCGUAUUCGGGGCCUGGACCUUCCACACAUGCAACGUGCGCUACAUAAGCUGGCGGAGUUCCAUGCGGCUGCAUCCGUCUAUGUGGAGCAGGAGGGUCCAUUGCCCGCGGAGUUCAAUGAAGGAUUUAUUGUCAAAAAACAACUAGCUCUGCAAGAGCAUGGAUGGGCGGUGAAAUCGGAAGCAUUUCUAAAGGCCAUGGCUGACUGGGGGUUGGAGGAUCAGGAGAAGUAUACAAACAGUUUUCCAACUGCAAAGCAGUAUGGAAAAGUGUGUGCCAGUAAUUUGACGGGAGAUCCUUUGGACUUCAAUACUCUCACCCAUGGCGACUUCUGGUCCAGCAAUCUGAUGAGCAACUAUCUCGAAAAUAACCAGAUCGAUGAGCUCAUUAUGGUAGACUUUCAGCUCUGCAAGUGGGGCAGUCCUGCGCAGGACCUGCUGUUUUUCAUCACUCUCUCAGCCGCCAACGAUAUCAAGGUCAAGAAGUUCGACUACUUCAUCAGGAUCUACUGGGAGCGUCUUGUAGAGUGCCUAAAGUUACUCAAAUACCAGAAGAAAUUGCCCACAUUGCGUGAUCUUCAAACUUCCUUGUACAAGAAGCACAAUACUUUCUACGCUGUCAUGGCGGUAUUCAAUCAUCUGCCGCUCAUCAAAUUUCCAACUGACAAGGAUUCCAACUUGCAUAACGUGAUGCGCGAGGACGAGGUGGGGCACAAGUUCCGUCUGCGUCUAUUUUCAAAUCCCACAUAUGUGGAGGCUAUGAAGGACCUGUAUCCAUUUUUCUAUAAUCGCGGCAUUUUUAACUUUAAUGAUUUCUAUUAAAAAUAA